GAAUUCCUCAUUGCCCUCCCAGCCGUCGAAACUCGAUAUCCUUGGUUUUACCCCGCCCUCGCCACGCCGCUCGUUGAUCUCAGCUGAGUGACACAUAGGGCGUGAAUAUCCAGCGGCGGGGGGAACGUCGGCGGCCUCAGCCUGGGUCACCACGCACACCUGGAAUUCCAGGCGGAGGCAAAAAGGUCGCCAGUGGCAUGCGGACCUCCCUUGGGCGGGAUUCUGCGGGGCCAGGCGCGGUUGCGUGAGCCUCUCUGAAGCCCGGAAGGGGGUGUCUCAGCCGUCAAUACGGGCCGCGUUGGAGAAUGCUCCCCGCCAUUUUUCGGACUGUCUCGGUCUCGGGGGACUCUGUUUCGCGGCGCUCCCUGCCCGCCCCUCUAAAUGGGGGGAGACAAUGGAUGCUUCGGAGAGGCGAGGUGAGGCGGCUGGCAGGCCACAGGGCCGACUUGAAGAGCUUCCCGCCUCUCCUAUUUUGAGUACAUAUUUUGACGUCGGCGUCGGUCGUUGGAACCGUUUCGUUUCUUGUCUCCAUCAUCAUCCAACACCUUCUCCUCACAUCUCGUGUAAACAGACAAACCACAACAACCCUGAAGCAGGACUUCUAAUCAUUCUUUUGAGAGCCGGUUUCUCGCAUAUUCCUCAGACAUCGCGAUGUAUAAGAUCAUGACAACGCAGCUGUUGGGCGUCGUCUCCCUGCUGGCGGCCACAUCACUGGCACAGCAGAUCUUGGUGCCGCAAGGGUGCAUGGUGAUAAGCGCCUCAACCUUCGGCGACAUCACCCCGAUCCCCCUGGCGGCAGACAGCAGUGACGGGGUCAACGCGCCUCAGCCAUGUGCAAACCUCUGCGUCGGGAAGAACAUGACGCACGCAGCCGUCUACGCCCAAUUCUGUGCCUGCACCAACGAUGUACAGCCCGUGGAGAUUCUGGGGGCCUCGAGCUGCAACUUCAGCUGCCAGGCGCCCUUCCAGAACGAGAGCUGUGGCGGCUCGACCGAGGACGGCGACCCGAUAUACAAUGUGUUUUCCAUCAUGCGCGUCGACAACUCGACCGCCACGCCCAGCAGCACCACCACCCUGUCCACGGAGCUGCCGCCGGCGACAACAACACCGUCCACUGUUAGCACCUCGUCAGCCCCAACAAUAGCAACCACAAACACCCCAUCCACGAGCCUGCCGCCGCCCCUGGUUACCGGCGGCGGCGCCACCAGGCCCGCCAACAACGUGUCCGUCGUCACGCAGACGACGACGCUCCCGACCUGCCCGACCUGCACCAAGAACGGCGGCGGCGCGCCGGCCCCGACCGCGACCGCGACCGCCAUCGCGCCCGAGUGCCCGCCCGGCGGCCUCUGCAUCUUCAUCAACAUCUACUUCAUCACGACCGUGGUGCAGGCGCCCGACGGCCUCGGCCUGGUCACGACCGCGACGCCCACCCGGUCCACCAUCUACUACGACCCGGCCCAGAGCACCGUCACGACCGUCGUCGAGAUGGGCCGCACGCGCAUCGUGCUCGUGCCCGUCAACCGCGUCGCCACCGUCAUCGCCGCUGCUAACAACAGCUCGUCGUCAUCGUCGCCGUUCUCUGUCGCCGCGACGGCCACCACCACCAACACGGACGACCCGUUCCAGACCACCACGGCGCCCGCGGACCUGCUGCCCCUUGCUGCCGCAUCGUCCUCCUCGUCGUCGCCGUCGUCCGACUUCUCCUCCUCCUCCUCCUCCUCCUCGCUGCCCGCGUCGUCCACCAGCCUGGCGCCGCCGCCACCACCCGUGGUCAUACAGAUGGCCAACGUGACGACGACGGCCGCGCCGUCGGCGACGACCGACGUCAACGGCACCGUGCUGAUCGUCACGCGCCUGCCCGACCCGCCCAUCACCAGCGUGGCCACCGCCGCUUCUGUGCCCUCGGACCGCGUCGCUGUGCUCUCGUGGCUGGGCGUCGUGGCCGCGGGCACAUUUCUUCUGCUUUGACCUCGCGACUGUCCUUGGGCUUUUUUUUUUAUAUAUAUGUAGCUCUGCUUUGCCUGUUUCACUAGACGGCGGGCGACCUGUAUUUCUUAGAGUCUCUCAUUUUUAUCUCCCCUUGCUAGCGUGUUUCUCC